AUGAUUCGCUACCAGAUUUGGUUAAUUUUGUCGGUACUAAUAUCAUUUAGUUACUCAUCAUAUGCUCCAACAAAAGUAGAUUGUCCAAGUAAUUCAUCAUCAUUUUUAAGAGUUGCAAAUAAAAUAUCUGACAAGGAGAAAGAAUGGCUAGAAGGAAGAGAUGAUAUAACAAAUCAAAAAAUUGUGGAGUUUUUGAAAAAUGCAAAUAUGACAGAUAUAAAUCUUGAUGAUUAUUCGGAUAAAAAUAUUCAUAUUGGAUUAGCAUUUUCAGGAGGUGGUUAUAGAGCCAUGUUGAAUGGUGCUGGUCAAUUAAGUGCAUUAGAUGAAAGAACAAGAGUUGAGAAAGGACAUGGUUUACCUGGAUUAUUACAAGCUUCGACUUAUAUUGCUGGUUUAUCAGGUGGAUCUUGGUUAGUUGGAUCAGUUCUUAUGAAUAAUUUUACAUCAAUUCAAGAUAUUGUGGAUAAAAAUGAAAUUUGGGAUUUAACUCAUUCAAUAAUAAAUUACGGAGGGAUAAAUGUUAUAAAAACUUAUAAUUAUUAUAAAGGUAUUUCUGAUGAUUUGGAUGAUAAAAAAGAUGCAGGAUUUGAAUUAUCUUUGACAGAUACUUGGGGUAGAGGAUUGUCUCAUCAAUUUUUCAAUACCUUUGAUAAUGCUGGGGCUUCUUUAACUUUUAGUUCACUUCAAGAUACUGAUUAUUUUAAAAAUUAUGAAUGUCCAAUGCCAUUGAUUGUAAGUAAUGGUAGAGCACCAAAUACUAAAAUUAUCAGUUUAAAUUCAACUAAUAUAGAAUUUAAUCCUUUCGAAAUAGGAUCAUAUGACAAAAGUAUUUAUCAAUUUAUGGAUUUAAAAUAUUUAGGAUCCCAAUUAGAUGACGGGAAAAGUAAUGGUACCUGUUACAACGGUUUUGACAAUGCAGGAUUUGUAGUUGGCCUGUCACUGACAUUAUUUAAUCAAUUCAUCUUACAGAUCAAUACCACUUCCUUGUCAUCUACAGUCAAAUCAAUCAUAUCAUCAAUUUUACAAGAUGUUUCAAACGAGGAAAAUGAUGUUGCAAUUUAUAAACCAAAUCCAUUUUAUGAAACUGAUGUGGGAACUUCUGAACAUAUUGCAGCCAAUGAAACUUUAACUUUAGUAGAUGGAGGAGAAGAUGGUCAAAAUGUUCCUCUUUAUCCUUUAUUACAACCAGCCAGAAGUGUUGAUGUGAUAUUUGCAUAUGAUAAUUCUGCAGAUACAGAGUAUAGUUGGCCAAAUGGUACUUCAUUAAUUAAAUCUUAUCAAAGACAAUUUGGAGAUUAUGGUAAUGGUACUUUUUUCCCAUAUGUUCCAGAUGUUAAUACAUUUAUAAAUUUAAAUCUUACAGCAAGACCAACUUUCUUUGGAUGUGAUGCUAAAAAUUUAACCUCAUUAUUACAAAUUGCUCAAUCAAAUUAUACAAAUGUUACUAUAGAUUCAAAUUCAAUUUAUGAUUCACCAUUAUUAGUAUAUACAGCUAAUAGACCAUUUUCAUAUUGGUCAAAUACCUCAACUUUCAAAAUGAAAUAUGAUAAUAAUGAAAGAAAUUCAAUAAUUCAAAAUGGUUUUGAAGUUGCUUCAAGAAAUAAUGGAACUUUAGAUUCAGAAUGGGCUGCAUGUGUUGGAUGUGCAAUUAUUCGUAGAACACAAGAAAGAUCAGGUGAAGAACAAAGUGAUCAAUGUAAAAAAUGUUUUGAAAGAUAUUGUUGGGAUGGUUCAUUAGAUUCUGAAGGUACUAAAUAUAAUUUUACUGAUACUGGUACUACAAAUGGUCAAGAAGAAACUUUAGGAGGAAAGAAAAAUAGUGCUGUUACUUCAUUUGCUAUUAAUUGGAGUUUAUGGAUUGGUUUAUUAAGCAUAGUAUGUUUUAUUAAUAUUCAGUAA